AUGAAGACUCUGUUCGAAUCCUGUCCCCGCCUGACUGAUGAAAUUCUAUAUCCACCUUUCUAUUCCUGCCAUAAGUGUUCGACCCCUUCUAGUCUAAACCCUACCUCUGAGGGAGCGGAAUCUGCUGAUGAGUUCGUCGGGGAUGAUAGGCUUAUCGUGGAUGAUCUAGUAUCCAAGUUCCCGUCCUUGGGUAUUAUCUACCUCGGGGAGAAAGAGGCAAGCAAUAGGAAUAGUUGUCCCAGCCUUAGUUCUGAUGAAAUGAUUCUAUUUAUCCGGCUUGCCUGUCAUCCCAUCCCUUUGUCGAAGUCCACCCCCUCCUCCUCUGGGAUUGAAUAUCCAUCCCUUGCCGAAGUAUCAGCGCCGGAAGAGAAGAAAGAAAUAGGAUAUGGGAUCAAAGCUCCAGUCAUCGAGGUGGGAGAUUAUGGAUCAGCUAGCUAUAGAAUAGAAAGAACAAGGGAACUCAUCGACCCAUCCAACAGUUGGAGAUAUAACUACGACUCCAAUAUCCGAUAUGACAGAAAGAGAAAGAGUCGUGAAUGUAGGUGGGACGGUACGGAUUCAUACAAGACCUUGCCCACACGCUCUGGCGAGAUAGGAUCGAUUACAUCUAGAAAUAGAACCUUGGAAAUGCUAUCUAUUGACUCGACUCACUCAAAGCCAGGUGCCCUAGAAGGGGAAAACCUUAAAUUCUCGGAUCAAGAAGAAGUCGUCUUACGUUCUAUCAAUAAACAACCAAAACGACCAGGAGGAUAG